AUGCGUAUCUGUGAGUUACAACCUGAACAAUAUCAAGUUAACCUUUGUGUGAAAGUUAUUGCGAAAAUCAUGAUUAGUGAAGUGGAUGAUUAUACGACCUGGACUAAAAUUAAAGUUGCUGAAUUUCUUGUUGGUGAUUCUUCGGGAUAUCAAAUACCACUUUUUCAACCUGAAACAAAUGUCAUUCUUCAUAAUGCCAGAGUUGAAAUGUAUCGAGGAUUUAUGCGCAUUGUAAUAGAUCAAAACACUAAUGCAAAAAUAAUUAAUGAUGAAAGUGAAAUUAUUGAUUAUCUUAAUAAUCAUAAUAAUCUUAACAAUAAUAAUAUUAGUAAUAAUAUUAGCAUUAAUACUAGUAAUAAUAUUAGUAACAUUAAUAAUCAUCAAAAUAAUAUUAAUAUCAUCAAUGAAAUGCAUCCAAAUCUGGAUAAAAAUAUUUCUUUGACCGAAUAUCAAUAUGUUCCAAACGUAGUUUUGAAUGAGGAGUAA